AUGAUAUUCGCCUGGCAGUCGGUGAUCAUCAUGGAGGCUUGCGACAAAGAGCUCUUCGCGGCCCUGCCAUGCAGGACUGCUCUCGCGGAGUUCCGCCCAGCGCAAAUAACAAGCGACAUCAUGCGUGGACUGAGCUACCUGCAUGCUCUCAAAAUCCUUCACCGUGAUCUCAACCCCUGGAACAUCCUCCUCAAAAAUGUAGAAGGCGGGGUGGUGGCCAAAAUCUCUGACCUCGGCAUGGCCGUGCAGUGUCAGACGCAGCUGUUCGGCCGAGAGGGCAUCGACGAAAGCUCCUUUACGUCCGUAUUUUCAUCGCCAGAAUUUGGCACCUCUCGAGGAUAUGGCUUUCCGGCGGAUAUCUUCUCGGCGGGCAUGACACUAAUCACGAUUUGGUGUAUUGCCCAAGAUCAGGACGAAAUCAUUGAGGCAGUUGAAG